CCACAGCCCGCCCGGGGCCGCCACUGCUGUUAGCCGCCCCCGCCAGCGCCACCUGGGACCAUGUCCGAGGACCUAGAGUCCAUAUCAGAGGAAGAACGCAGCUUGUUCCGUCCGUUCACCCGCGAGUCGCUGGCCGCCAUCGAGGCGCGUAUCGCCGAGGAAUAUGCCAAGCAGAAGGAGCUCGAAAAGAAGAGAGCUGAGGGAGAAGUUCGGUAUGAGGACGAGGACGAAGAUGAAGGGCCACAGCCAGAUCCAACACUGGAGCAGGGUGCACCGCUGCCCGUUCGGCUCCAGGGAGGUUUCCCAGCAGAACUUGCCUCCACCCCUCUUGAGGAUAUUGAUAGUUUCUACCAUAACCAGCGGACAUUCGUAGUGGUUAGUAAAGGAAAGGAUAUUUUCCGAUUCAGUGCAACAGAUGCCUUGUGGAUUCUGGAUCCUUUCAAUCCUAUUCGAAGAGUUGCUAUAUAUAUUUUGGUUCAUCCCUUAUUUUCACUUUUUAUCAUCACAACAAUUUUAACGAACUGCAUCUUCAUGAUCAUGCCUACUACACCAGUAAUAGAAUCAACAGAAGUAAUUUUUACUGGCAUCUACACAUUUGAAUCAGCCGUAAAGGUGAUGGCAAGAGGGUUCAUACUUCAGCCAUUUACGUACCUUAGAGAUGCAUGGAACUGGCUGGACUUCGUAGUAAUAGCUUUAGCUUAUGUUACCAUGGGGAUAGAUCUAGGAAACCUGGCUGCCUUGAGAACUUUCAGGGUCCUUCGAGCUUUGAAGACUGUAGCUAUUGUCCCAGGUUUGAAGACCAUUGUCGGUGCUGUGAUUGAAUCUGUGAAGAAUCUGCGGGAUGUGAUCAUAUUGACCAUGUUCUCUUUAUCUGUGUUUGCCUUAAUGGGCCUCCAGAUUUACAUGGGUGUCCUCACACAAAAAUGUAUAAAAAACUUUCCCAUGGAUGGGUCAUGGGGAAAUCUUACGGAUGAAAACUGGGAGAGAUUUGUGAGCAAUGAAACAAACUGGGUGAAGGAAGGGUAUGAAUUUCGUCUUUGUGGAAACUCAUCUGGAGCAGGGCAGUGUGAAGAAGGAUACACGUGCCUUCAAGGAUAUGGCCCAAAUCCAAAUUAUGGUUACACUAGUUUUGAUACUUUUGGUUGGGCAUUGUUAUCUGCUUUUAGGCUCAUGACUCAAGACUUUUGGGAAAAUCUCUAUCAGUUGAUUCUCCGAUCAGCAGGUCCAUGGCAUAUGUUGUUUUUUAUUGUUAUUAUUUUUUUGGGUUCAUUUUAUCUUGUCAACUUAAUUUUGGCCAUUGUUGCUAUGUCAUAUGAUGAGUUGCAAAAGAAAGCAGAAGAGGAAGAAGCAGCAGAGGAAGAAGCUAUCAGGGAAGCAGAAGAGGCAGCCCAAGCAAGAGAAAAUAGGCAGGCAGCACGCGAAGCAGCAAGAGUAUCAGCAGCAGCAGCUCAAGCUGCAGCCAAUGUCGUCAAGUCACCAUCUGAUUUUUCAUGUCACAGCUAUGAGCUCUUUGUAGGUCAAGAGAAAGGCAAUGAUGAUAACAACAAGGAAAAAAUGAGCAUUCGUAGUGAAGGUGGAGAUUCACUUAGUGAACAUCGGGGUCGUACAAUAGGGCCUAAUGGCAAGGUGCGGAAGGUGAGCGCGGCCAGCCUGAGUCUUCCGGGCUCUCCAUUCAACCUGAGGCGAGGUUCACGGGGCAGCCACCAGUUCACGCUGAGAAACGGCCGUGGUCGCUUUGUGGGACCCCCAGGAGGGGACCGCAAGCCUCUCGUGCUCUCCACCUACUUAGAUGCCCAAGUAUGUCCUAUCUCAUGA